AAAUAAUCAUAAUCGUUUGACGUUUAUUAAAAAAGUUUGGCAAUUUAGCAAUUAAUUUGCAGUUUCUUUUAUUCAUAAGUAUUGAAAAAUCUAUAAUCUGAUUUAUACACCUUGUAUGUUUCGACAAUAUUGAUAUCAUUUUGAAACAAUUGAAUGCGUGUUUGUGGAAGCGUAAAAAUAGAGGUGACAAUGGACACAAGUUAAUUUUGCAAAUGAGGUAAAUAAACAUUACUGAGUCAUGGAAUCACCUCCAUCGAGUUCAACUUGGUCAGAGGCAUUCAUUUUAAGUGACGAUAGUGGCCUGUUAUUAACUAACGAAUCUGCUUCUAGCGGUAGUGUCAGUGGAGAAAGUCGCAGUGGAAGGAAACUUUUUCAUUUUGAGGACAGUGACUGUGAAGAGAAGUCCUUGUCCCAAGAUGACUCUCUAGAUGGAAUGUCAGAUAUAAUGUGCGGUGAAAACUUUAAUACUUUGAAAAAAGGACCGCACUGGACAGAUUUUACCAAUAAACAUUCUUCUUCUCCCAUAGAACCCCCUCCGGAGUUUCAGGAUGAACCUAAAAAUUCCAUGCUAGAUUUCUUUUGUGAAAAAUUAGCUCAGCAAAUUAUUAAAAAAGCAAUUUACGAACAUAAAGAUAUCGAAUUAAGAAAACUGAAAGUUUUGUAUCAACUGCAAAGGCAACAUUUACUAAGUAGGCCUUGUUUUCAUUCAGAAUUUGUUUCAUUUAGCCCUUGUCAUAUAGGAAGACCAACUUCUAGAGCUGGUUCUAGAAAUUCUUUGGGUUCAUCUAGAUUGUCGAGCUCCCAUAAUUCACUUUCAAUACCGACAACUCAAAAGGUAGACGAUUCUACAUUCAUCACUCAGGCAGUUUCACAUGACACAUUAUCUUCCAACCAAAUAAGUGAUUUGUAUAAUGUACCCUUUGACAGUGACAUAUACGCAGUUCCUAUUGAUGUAGUAAAGCCGCCUUUAAAACCCAAAAGAUCACAACUGCAAAGGAAGAGAAGAAGAAAUACUGCGUGGGGUUAUAGAGAUUUAGAAGCCAAACAUUAUCGAAUGCAAGUUGAUAAGAAUCGAACACUGGAGUUUCAUAGGACGUUAUGCUUUCAAAGCAGUACGAAACGACAUAGUCUUGCCGGUACAUCGGCUUCCAUUCAAGGCGAACCAAUUCAUGUAACCUUACAAGAGAUCCGACAGUAUUUGCAAACACUUUAUUCCAGUUCGUCGGACUCGUCUGAUCACAAAGAAAAAACGCUAAAACCGAAAGCAAAUAUUUUGGUAACCAACAAUAACAGGUAUCCAGUUAACAAAAAUCUAGUCACAGAUAAAGAUCUGAAUCCAAUUACUGUUCCUCCAAGUAGAUCUAAGAAAAAUACGUUAUUUAUUAAUAUUAAGAACAAAAAAGUUAAAGACUCGUGCAAUAAUAUCGGUAAGCAGAUAAAUAUUUCACCAACGAAGAAAGAUGAGAAACGAAGGAAGUCUCCAACAAAGGUAUUUUCUUUGAAACAAAUGCUUUGUAACAUGUUCCGGUUUAAGAGGUUCCUUACACCAGAUAACGUUAAAGAUGACGAAAGCAAGAAACUUUACUCUAGCAAGGGCAGCGUUUUAGAUGAUGUACAUAAUAGUAUAAGUAGUAGAGCUCUGCCACCUUUGCCAAAUAAAGAAGAAGGAAAGGAAAUUGACGAAGAACAGAUAUUGGAUUUCGCCACCAGCAUCCAACGAGUGAAAGAUUAUGGUUGGUAUUGGGGUCCAAUAUCAGGUGAAACAGCUGAAAAAAUAUUAUCCAACGAACCCGAUGGAUCAUUUAUUGUACGUGAUAGUAGCGAUGAUCAUUAUAUAUUCUCUUUAACGUUUAAACUUAAUAAUUGUGUAAGGCACGUAAGAAUCGAACACGAUCAGGGUAAUUUUAGUUUUGGUAGCUGUACUAAGUUCAAAUCCCAAACCAUUGUGGAAUUUAUCGAAAACGCCGUAGAACAUUCACGUAGUGGUAGAUAUUUAUUUUUCCUCCACCGAAGGCCUGUGAUUGGUCCAGUACGAGUGCAAUUACUUCACCCAGUUUCUAGGUUUAAGCAAGUUCAAAGUUUACAACAUAUUUGUAGGUUUGUAAUACAUAAGAAUGUUAGAAGAGACUUAAUACCGAGCCUUCCACUUCCAAGAAGGAUGAUAGAUUACCUAAACACACCUUACUAUUACACGGAGCACCUCGUAGACGUGCGAGAAGUUGAAGAAGAAAAACCAGAAAGCCGUGCAUUAAUUGAUAAUCAGCACAACGUCCAAUUAGUUGAUAAUUCCAUUGUACCUGUUAACAAUUACGUUAUUGUAAAUAAUACCAGUAGUAGUACCAGCAAUGUAACUAAUACCCGAGAAACGUGAAACGGUAAUUUCAGGGUUCGUACAUCGAUAUGGCUUAAUUUGUGGGGUAAGUGAUCGCGAUGGUCAAAACAUCUCAUGUAUUUGAUUUUCAUCAAGAGACACGUGAUUAAUUUUCAUCAACAAACACAUGAAACAUAACUAUAGGAUUUUUCUAUUAAAUCCGUGGCACUUCAUCAAUGAGCUGUUCAAUUUUAAGUUACAAUCGUCUUCUACUCUCGCAUGUGCAAUUUUGGAAUGAAUUUGGCUCACACGCGAGUUAUUCUCAAUUCCAUUUCAAGAUUGAUUUCUAGUUCGCUUAACAUAUAUUCCAGAUCGAUCUUGCAAUGGAAGGUCGGUGACAAUACCGGUUACUGCCAACAGAAUUAUGGUCAUUUUUAAACAGACUGAACCGUAAUCUUGUUUAUGUCUUGCUUAUUUAUUUACAGUCGGUCAUUAAUUGUACUCCAGUAUCAGAUGGUCUCUUAUUUCUCCAACUACAAACAAACACAAGUAAACUAAAUAUCUUACAGAUCUAUGCACUUACUGCAGAUAAAUCCGAGGACGAAAUUGAACAAUUCUACGAAGAAAUCAAUCAAGUAUUAAAAUCGACGAAACCACGAGACAUCACCGUAAUUCUAGGUGAUUUUAACUCAAAAAUUGGUAAAGGAAAAAGUGGCAAACAUAUAGGAGAAUACGGACUCGGUAAAAGAAAUGAACGAGGUGACAGACUACUUCAAUUCUGCCAGGAGAAUAACAUGAUUGUAUCUAAUACAUUCUUCAACUUACCAAAGAGAAGACUUUAUACGUGGAAAUCACCCCAGGACAAUGGCGAAAGAAUAAUUCGAAACCAGAUUGAUUUUUUACUGAUAAACGAACGAUACAGAAACUCCUUAAAAUCCGUUAAAGCUUACCCAGGCGCAGAUGUCUUUUCAGACCAUAAACCUCUAAUAGCGCAAAUGAGUAUUCAACUAAAAAGAUUGGAGCAGAAAAGAAGAGCAAAUCAGAUAGACGUCAGUCAUUUAUGUAACCUGGGGGUAAACGAGAAACUGCAAAAAUGUAUUAAUAAUAAUUUGAAAAUACUUCAUGAAAAAGAAACAUCUCAGCCAACGAACAACAUAGAUAAAAAAUGGCAAAACGUAAAAAUGGCGAUAACAG